UUAAAGCGAAAAAAUGGGUGGGAUCCAAGGAAUCAAAGCAGUAGAUGGACAAACCAGGAGCAUCCCCAAGUUAUUUUCAGGAAACAGAGCAACAAAACACAAAGAGUUACCAAUUUAUUCUUGAGACUCCUCUACUCUCGUCAUCUGACCUCAUGGAUGAACUUCAGGAUGUUCAGCUCACAGAGAUCAAACCACUUCUAAAUGAUAAGAAUGGUACACGAAACUUCCAGGACUUUGACUGUCAGGAACAUGACAUAGAAACAACUCAUGGUGUGGUCCACGUCACUAUAAGAGGCUUACCCAAAGGAAACAGACCAGUUAUACUAACGUAUCAUGACAUUGGCCUCAACCAUAAAUCCUGUUUCAAUGCAUUCUUUAACUUUGAGGAUAUGCACGAGAUCACCCAGCACUUUGCUGUCUGUCAUGUGGAUGCCCCAGGCCAGCAGGAAGGUGCACCCUCUUUCCCAACAGGCCUGAAAAGCAUCAUUGGAAUUGGAGUUGGAGCCGGAGCUUACAUCCUCAGCAGAUUUGCACUCAACCAUCCAGAGCUUGUGGAAGGCCUUGUGCUCAUUAAUGUUGACCCUUGCGCAAAAGGCUGGAUUGACUGGGCAGCUUCCAAACUCUCUGGCCUGACAACCAAUGUUGUGGACAUUAUUUUGGCUCAUCACUUUGGGCCGGAAGAGUUACAGGCCAACCUGGACCUGAUCCAAACCUACAGAAUGCAUAUUGCCCAAGACAUCAACCAAGACAACCUGCAGCUCUUCUUGAAUUCCUACAAUGGACGCAGAGACCUGGAGAUCGAAAGACCCAUACUGGGCCAAAAUGAUAACAAAUCAAAAACAUUAAAGUGUUCUACUUUACUGGUGGUAGGGGACAAUUCGCCUGCAGUUGAGGCUGUGGUCGAAUGCAAUUCCCGCCUGAACCCUGUAAAUACAACUUUGCUAAAGAUGGCAGACUGUGGGGGACUGCCCCAGGUAGUUCAGCCUGGGAAGCUCACCGAGGCCUUCAAGUACUUUUUGCAGGGAAUGGGCUACAUCCCGUAUGUGCAGCUCAGUCACCUGAGCACCGAGUCAGUACCAUCUGCCAGCAUGACUCGGCUCGCCCGAUCACGAACCCACUCAACCUCGAGUAGCCUCGGCUCUGGAGAAAGUCCCUUCAGCCGGUCUGUCACCAGCAAUCAGUCAGAUGGAACUCAAGAAUCCUGUGAGUCCCCUGAUGUCCUGGACAGACACCAGACCAUGGAGGUGUCCUGCUAAGCAGAUGCUCCUCCCCUGGACCAUUGCAAGUCCAUCCUUCUUCAAAUGACCACUCCAUAAUAUAACAUUUCAUCCAUGUAAACUGGCCUCUACUAUCUUUAACUCAUGCAUGGCCACUGAACCUCUCUCUAGUAGCCUGGAUUUAUCAUUCUCUCUGCCUGCCCACCCCCUUUUUUGUAUAGCCCAAGAACCACUUCCAUGCCAUACUGUAACAUUCCAACAUCUUUAGCUGAUCAGAUCUCUCCAUAUCCUCUCUUGCCAGCUUUUUCCCGUGCUCCCCCAACUAUGUAUCGGAUAAGAUUCUUUGAUCCCAACUCUGUGUGUGUGCGAGCACGUGUGUCUCUGUUUGUGUGUGCAUAGUUCUGUGGUUUUAGACACGCUUUCUUGUAGUGCUUCUGCAAAAAAACAAAAAAGGGACUUAUUUUGCAUUCUCAAUGGUGUUUUUAAGGGAAUUAGGCAGAAUAGAUUUCUAGGUUGGGUAGGCCACUGCGUUCUCUUUUGUUUGCAAAUUGGUCAACAAAAUUUGCAGAGUGAUUUCAGGAGAGAGCAGCUCUGAGGAAUGUGGAAAAUCAUAAUUGUUAUGUGACCCAUUGAUU